UCAAGGACUAAAGAACAAACGGUACAGCAACUAGCAGACAUCAUUGACUGCAGAGACUAGUUUUGUAUACUGAAAGCAUGUCUGCAAUUGAUUUUGAAAAGUUAGCUGAGAUAGAAUUACAGAAAGAUGAGGAAGAAAAUGCAGAUAUAGAAAAGAACAAGGGGUCAUUUGCAGCUGCGUCAAACAGACAUACUGAAAUAAGCAUGACUCACCCAUAUUACGAUGUGGCAAGGCAUGACAUCAUUCACUUUGUAGGUGAUGACAAUUUGGGGAGAAAGGUGAUUGCUUUCAGUUGCUGCCGGAUGCCUCCUUCUUAUCAGCUUAACCACGGCCGAUUAUUAGAAUAUUUAAAGUAUACACUGGACCAGUAUGUGGAAAAUGACUACACAGUUGUCUACUUUCACUAUGGACUGAACAGUCAGAAUAAACCGUCCCUGAGCUGGUUACAAAGCGCCUAUAAAGAAUUUGACAGGAAGUAUAAGAAAAAUCUGAAAGCACUCUACAUUGUACAUCCAACCAACUUCAUAAAAAUUAUUUGGAACAUUUUUAAACCUCUCAUCAGUCACAAGUUUGGAAAAAAGGUGAUCUAUCUGAAUUACUUAAGUGACCUGAGAGACCAUCUUAAAUUUGACCAGCUUAACAUCCCUGAAGAAGUUAUUAGACAUGAUGAAAAUCUUCGGAUGAAACAAAAGAAGAAGCUGCUUCCCCCAGUGAAACUUCCCCCACCAAGACCCCCUCUCCCAACUCAGCAAUUUGGGGUCAGCCUCCAAUACCUCAAGGUUAAAAACAAAGGUGAAUUAAUCCCACCAGUAAUGAAGCACACUGUAUCUUAUUUGAAAAGAAAAGGACUCAAAGCAGAAGGACUGUUUCGAAGGUCAGCUAGCAUACAAAGUAUUAAAGAGAUUCAGAAACUUUAUAAUCUGGGAAAAUCUGUAAAUUUUGAUGACUAUGGAGAUAUCCACAUCCCUGCUGUUAUCCUUAAGACUUUACUCAGAGAGCUCCCUGAGCCUUUACUGACCUUUGAAAGCUACGAUCAAAUCCUUGGAAUCACCAGUGUGAAAAGUAGCUUACGGGUGAUCAGCUGCAAAGAAAUUGUACAUGGACUUCCUGAGCAAAAUUAUGCUGUUCUGAAGUUUCUGAUGUGCUUUCUCCAUAUGGUAUCACAGGAAAGCAUUUUCAACAAAAUGACUGGUUCCAACCUUGCUUGUGUCUUCGGCCUGAAUUUAACCUGGUCAUCCAAAGGCGCCCCUUCUUUCAGCACUCUGGUGCCUAUAAAUCUAUUUGUUGAGUUACUGAUAGAUUUCUAUCCCACAAUCUUCAGUUCUCGAAUUGUACCUGGUGAGCAAUUGCCUUGAAAAUAAAGCAGAAGGGAACUGCAAUAUGCCGCUGGGAAGGGCAACCCACUAUGACUUCAUGGAAGAUUUCAUUGAAUAAAAGGAUUCGUAGCUGCAAAAAUGAACCCCUUCAUAUGAAGCAACCUUACAUGAGGCCUGAGCAGACCUGUCUAGCCUUGCCCAGUCUCCUCCUACCCACCUCUGCUCUCCAGGUAGGGCGCUUUCCCAGCCCUUCCAACUGAGAUUCCUGUGGAGAAGCUAGAGGUUGAAUCUGGGACUCCUUUGAGCAAGGCUUGCAUUCUUCACUGAGCUGUGCACCCUUUCUAAUCAAAUGGCUGUCGAAGGUUAAAUUAAAUUGGUAGUGAUUUGGAGCAGGGCCAUUUUAGUGGUAGGAUGCUUUGGCUUGCCUGGUUUAUUUCUUAUAAACUUCCUGACUGUUAGAGCAGUACGACAAUGGAGCCAGUUACCUAGGGAGGUGGUGGGCUCUCCCACACUGGAGGCCUUCAAGAGGCAGCUGGACAACCACCUGUCAGGGAUGCUUUAGGGUGGAUUCCUGCAUUGAUGGCCUUGUAGGCCCCUUCCAACUCUGCUAUUCUAUGAUUCUAUGAAGCUGGUAAAACUUUUUUUUAUAUCAAAAGGAUUUGGGUAUGCUAGAAUUUGUUGAGCUUCUCUGAUUAGCUGUUUUAUUAUUUUAAUGAUGUUGAGUAUUUAUAAUUUGUUUGUUUAUAUCUUGUAUCACCGCCAUUCCCUGGGUAAUACUGGCAUAGGAAGGAACUGUAGUAUGGAUUCCCACCCUGUGGCUUGGAGUUCCUGACAUUACCCAAGCAUUGGAAGAAUGAGCUGCGAAUGUAUUAUUAGCAUAUUUCUAUGCCGCUUCUCCAUAAUUAUGCUCACAGUGGCUCAUGGAGAAUAUUAUAGUCAGUUGAGUAAUAACUAUGAUGAUGACGAUGAUGAUUAAAACAAAUCAAUAUAUAGGUACAAACAUGUACAAAUUCAUAAAUAUACCAAAACUAUUAAACACAUUUCAUAAAUGUAAUAUUUAUAUCCACAUUAGCUGGCUAACAAACAUUCUAAUUAAAUUUCCCACAAACAUAGAAGACCCUUUCAUAAAUUAAGAACAAUUAUCACAAAACUAAUCCGCAUUUAGCUAACAUAGCUUUCAGUAACUAAUCCAUGUUACUAAAAUUUUAAACAGCAAAAGAAUGCAUCAAUAUUAAAAUUUAAACCAAUUAAUUCAACUUCUCUCAAAGUGGUGUCAUUACAGUAAGGCAGCAGAGAAUCCCAUGAGUAUGAAACUCAAUAAGAGCAGCAGAAAACAUGCUCAUUUCUUCAGUCCUCUCAUAUAAAGGGCUUCAUCACACCAGCGUUAUACUGUGCAAUCACUGCGAAUUGCGUGCAAAGGACUCUGAAGUUUUCCAGUUUAGAAUCUGCUUUGACUGUGAAGCACUCCAAGGCAUCCUGCUUUAAUUGUGCUUUAAAGCCAAAAGACCUGAACUAUUUUGCUACUAGUUUUGGAGCGAAUCAUUUGUUGUUUUCCGAGCGGCCACUGGGGGCGCAGGAGCGGGAUUUGAUCUGUUUAAACUAUCAAUUAAACAAAUGCUUACAUCUGCAUAAGUUUUAAAGAUAAAGACAUCAAAAUUGGCACAGUAAUAGAUAUUAAGGAGAGCUUUAGGCAUACCAAAUUUGAAUCGGAUUGGGUCAUCCGUUGAUUUUUUAAUGAUUUUUUACAUCCCCCCCCUUAACCCCUUGCCUGGUAUGCAAAGGAUCUUAGGAGCGCUGCCACCCGGGGUGUGAUUUAGCUAACAACAACUGUAGGGGAUAAUUCGAGGGAAACAGGUACGUGGGAUGAAGCUAAUAGUCCUCUCAGUCAUAUAGUCAAUGCCAUGGAUGCUUACCAAUAACCCCACGAACAGUGCCUGGGCAGCCCCCUCCCAUGCCCCCCCCCACUUCUAUCUCUCGCCUAGGGCAUUCUCAAUCACUUAGCUUCUCCUCUCAACAAACAUCCACCAUUUCGUACCCAACAUGCCCCAAAUAAAUGGAGUAGCACCCUUUAGGCCACCCUUCCCCAGCCUGUUGCUAGCUGAAGUACAGCACAGGUGAAGGGCACCAGGUUGGGGAAAGCAUCUCUAAGUACUUGUAGCUGGAGGCCAUGAGGGCCCGGCCCGGCCUUCCCACUCCUGGUGGAAUUGCUCAAGAAGGAAACAGGACCAUGUCUCACAGCCAGAUGUUCUCAAAUGUAAUAUCAGAAGGGCUCCUAAUAUAUGUUAAGUUAGCCUCCCCCAACCUGGUACCUCUCCAGUUAUUUUGGAUUGCAAUUGCCAGCAUCCUUGACCAUUUGCCUUGCUGGCUAGUGCUGAUGGGAACCGGGCCAGUUAAAAGGAGCACAUGAUUCCCUUGUUACAACAGCUUGAUUGGCUACAGCCUGUUUCUGGGCACAACUGAAAGUGCUGAUAAUGACAAUAAAGCCCUAUAUGACUUGGGGCCAGACUACUUGAAAGACUGUCUUCUGCCAUAUGGGCCUGCCAGGGCUUUAAGAUCUUUGGGGCAGAGAGGGCCUUCUCGGUGGCUGCUCCCAAGCUCUGAAAGGCCCUGCCAAGAGAGACCCAGCUGCCUCCGUCUCUGUUGGCCCUCCACCAACAGGCAAAGACAUUAUUAUUAUUAUUAUUAUUAUUAUUAUUAUUAUUAUUAUUAUUAUUAUUAUUCAAGCAGGCUUUUGGCAUGUAAGCUGCUCUGUUGCCAAAAGGGGUUUUAAUUGGUUGGUGCUAUUUCUUUCUUUUAUUAUUGUGUUUUUAAUUGUGUUUAAAUGUAUUUGUUUUUAUGCUAAUUAAUUAAGAUUUGGUUAAUCUGUAUUUUAUUGUUAGCUGCCUUGAGCACCAUUUGGGGGGGGGCAGAAAAGUGGGGUAGAAAUUAAAUAAAUAUGCAAACAUGCAAAAGGUAUCAGGAGAAGUGAUGACGAAAAAAGUGAACAGUGAUUCAAGAGGCUUCCUCUUCAAAUCUCAUUUCAACUACACACUCUCUCAGUCUCCAUGAACAAGCCACUAUCUCUCAGCUCCAGCUCCAAUAUGGGGAUAAUAAUAAUAAAACUGGCCUAAUUUUUUUUUUAAAAAAAUAUAUGUCAGGAUUACUGUGAUUAUGUAUCCUCUUCCAGAGGGGUGGCUGUUGCAAAGGCCUGCGGUGGGUGUUGACGCACUGUGAUUUUUGCACAGUUGCUCUGAAUGUCAAAGUGGGGAAGGGGGAUAGCUAUAUUAGUCUCUUGCAGCAAAAACAACACAAUCUUAUGCCAUAGUAAAGCAGUUAGUCUUUAGGUACCACAAGACUCUUCGUUGGGGUAGUUUCUGGAAAGCGCUUUGAACACUGAAGGCGUAGAUGCCAAGUAUUAAAAAUGUGUGACUGCGACGUGUUUGUGAUACAGGGAGGCAAGAGCCAGCUUUCCUUCUGCGUCACUGUGUGAAAUGACCUCUCCUUGGGAAUAAAAUGCUGCACAGCUUUGAGCAUGCACCAUCCUUUUGUGUUCCCUCCAUUAUGUGAGCAGCUGGUUGUUGUACUUCAUUAGGGAAGACUUUUUGCAGACAAAAGGCAUCUUGUUAUCAAAGUGUUUGGAAUCUCCCCCUGCCCACCCCAACUAUGUUUAGUUCUGCAUUUCCCCCUCGCCCCGAAACUGAUGGACCCGAAGAGUGCUCUUUUUCUGGCAGCAAAAGCUAGAAUUAACUGUGAAGUUAAAUCAAGUCUCAUGAAUUAUUCAGGAGGGUUUAUAGCAAAAUUCCUGUGUGAGAAAUAUAUGUUUCAAAUUUCCCCAACUCCAGGAGAAGUCCUGGAGAUAUGUCCCCCCCCCCCCCCCGCAGUUACUUUGAUAACAGUUUCUCUUUACAAAUGAUAAUUGCACAAUUCUAGCUUUUGUGCAGCGUGGCCUCAGCGAACUCAUCCUUGGUUAUCAAAGAGCAAUUUUCAGAUCAUUUCCAUUGCAGAAAAGAAAGUGAUUACCAGAGAUAAUCUGCUGGAAACACACAUGCAGUAGUUGGGCUUAAGACAAUAAAAAAAUGGAAUCAUAAAAUGUGGAAUCAAAGCUUUGCCUGUAAUGUUGGUGAUAGGCAGAGAAUAAAGCAGGGCAAAUAUUGCAGUUUAGUUGAACUACUGGGGCUUUAAAAUGGUUUGUAAGAUUUGUCUGAUUCUCAGUUGCCUCCAGCAAGAAUCAGUAGAAUGGCAUAUUUUUACUAUUCUGGAUCUCUAAAGGAAAAUGAAAUGCAGCAUUUAAAAAAUGUAUCACUACAUUAGAAAAAGCUCGAAAUAAGACUGGUAGUGUUGUCAUUUAUGCGGUGUAUACAAAUAGGGUAGGCAGAAAUUUUAUUUGUGAAGCGUAGCCUAAUUAGUAUGUUGCAGUGUUUACUAUAAAGAAUCUUGUGACAUUUUAAAGACUAAUACAUUUAUUGUGGCAUAUAAAAGAUCUAUAAAGUUUGUUUGUUUUACAUAUAUGAGUAUGAAUUGGGAUUGGUGGUAAAAUUCAGUUUUUCCAUCUCCUGUCAUUUCUUGCCCUGUUGCUGGGUUAUCUGAGGGAGGGUUGUUUCCCCUCCAACCAGCGCUUGGGCAGCUGAUUAGGCAAAUAGCACCCAGCAGAUGCUUGCCCACGCCAUGGCUUUAAACAAGUCACCGUGGAUUGUAUAAACCACGCAAACUGGGUCACUGUGGCCUAAAGGUCAAGAAAACACAAGAGGUAGUCAUUGGUGUAUCACAAUUCUGCAGAGAGCCCAUAAAAACAUGUCAAAGUGUAUUAGUCUUUAUUUUACAGUGCUAUGGAACACCUUGUUGUUUUUACAGAAACAAAGGCUAAAAUUCUAAACAUGCUUAGGGUGCAAUCCUAUGCAUGUUUGGACAGAAAAAAUCCUAAAACUCCCAUCAUUCUCCAGCCAACCAAGCUCACUGGGGAAUGCUGGAAGUUGUAGGACACUUUUUCUAUCUAAACAUGCAUAGGGUUGCAUCCUGCGUAGGGAAUAAACCUCAUUGAACACAGAUAGACAAUAUACCCAUCGUGAGAAGGCAGCUUGAACAGGCAUGCCUGUGGUGAAUUCAUGCCACCCACCCUGUAAUUUGUAGCACAGCUGAUAACCUGGCGAUUCCAGAUUGCAUAGAUGGGAAAUUUCCAUACCAGUGACAUUUGCCAUCAGGAACGUGAAGUACAGGUGUGGAAACUCCUUCCCCUCUUGAAAGAUCACAUACUGAGUCAUGUUACAUGUAGGAUUGGGUGUCCUGUGAGUUAAAAAUUGGGGGAAAUCUCUGCCCAGGCAUUCCAAAUUCUGUGGCAAACAAAGCUGACUGGUAGAACCUGUAUCAAUUUAAGCAAAUUUGUACAAUUGGUUCUGCAACAUUUAUUGUUCGUUCUGCUUUUGCUUGUCAUUGGGAAAGGCAAGGAGCUAUGCAAGGCAAUGGAUGCCCCCCCUUUUUAUUCUUGCCCCUCUGAUUUCAGAGUUUUCUACAGGCAUUGCCUACAUAUCUUUGCAGUUAUAGGUAACAGCUAGGAUCCUGGUCCAAUCUCAUUGUCUAAUCCAGCAGUUCUUAAGCUUUAAUCUAUUACCACCCACCAAGUAUGUAACAUUAUCACCAAAUACCUUCACGUAAAAAUAUAUAUCAUGCAUUAAAACAGUACUCCACACAAGGCUUUGAGGCCUGCCAUUUUUGAUAGAAAGGUGUGGUUCAAGUCAAAGAAAUAAGGCAACUUUAUUCUAACAUAUAGGUAUGUUUGUGAUAGAUGCAUAGGAUACACAGACCAGUGGGACCCUUGGGCCUGUUGGCUGUAAGUCAACUCCUUCACAAUAGGUUUAUUUGGACCCAAUUGGCCCUUUUUUGAGAAGCUCUUUCUGCCCAGGUUUUGCUGCUAUUACAGUGCCCACAUCAUUGUUUUAUUCCUGGAAAUUCAUUAUACAUACUAAUUCUCCUUUUCAAUAGAUAAAAGAAUAUUUUUGAUGAUUUGUGCUCUAACCAUGGAGGGGGGGUUUGUUUGAUUUCUCUUUGCUAUGUACCAUUAUUUUAAUGUCUGGGGCAGACUGAGAGACCAGUCUGGCACCUAUGUUUUAGUGCCAGGUGAAGAGCUUAUUUUUAUUUUAGCAGACUUCUUAUUCCUUCCGUUUAAAAAAACCAAAAAAAAAACAAAAAACCCGAGGGCCUUGCUAGACCACGGGUUAGCGCAGUGUGAGGCCCGUGCUCGUCCCUGUCGAGCCGCCCUGGCACGGCGCUAACCAAAACCGCCUGUAGUGCGGUUCUUCCCGUUGUCCUGGCCUCAGGUCGGGCUGAGGCCAGGACCGCGUGCGUAUGGACCGGUCCACCACUUUUCCCAGCUAUUGCAUUUACAUGCGAGUAGCUGGGAAAAGCGGCAGACGGCCCGCAGCGCUCCCACCACCGCUGAGUCCCCAGCCUCUAUUUCCCACCCACCCCAUGUC